GCGCCGCGUGAGUCCCCACUGGCUCGCGCAAAGCCAUCUUGGCAUUGUUCUGCCCGCGCCGCCGCCCGCGCCGCCACAGCCCCGCCACAGCCCCGCGCGCCCCCGCCAUGUCCGACGCGGCCGUGGACACCAGCGCCGAGAUCUCCGCCAAGGAUCUAAAAGAGAAGAAGGAAGUCGUUGAAGAAACGGAAAAUGGCAGAGAUGCACCGGCCAACGGCAACGCGGAGAACGAGGAAAAUGGAGAGCAGGAGGCUGACAACGAAGUAGACGAGGAGGAAGAGGAAGGCGGUGAGGAAGAGGACGAGGAGGAAGAGGGUGAUGGUGAGGAAGAGGACGGUGAUGAAGAUGAUGAAGCUGAGGGAGCCACAGGCAAACGGGCAGCUGAGGAUGACGAGGACGACGACGUCGAUCCCAAGAAGCAGAAGACCGAUGAAGACGAUUAGGCAGCAAAUGAUUAUUUUGGGUUUUGUUGUUGUUGUUUUUUUGGUUUUUCUUUUUUUUUAAAUAAGGAGGAAAACAAAUCAACAAAAAAGGCCAGCGUGUCCUCUUCACCCUUGGGACCCCCCUUGCCCUCACACACGCACCCCCUUCCUCCCCCCUCCGCCGUGGUCAUCCUCACCGAGUAGAGUGAACCCCGUCCCCGGCCCGGCGCUGCCACUCAACAUACGAAACGAUUUCACCCGUUAGCGGGGAGAGAAACCCCCCUCCCACCUUCCUUCCUUCCCUCCCCCUCCCACAGACCCCUUCCCCCCCUAAGCACCAAAACUUCAAGGCCCUGCUUUCUUUCUUAAAAGUACUUUAAAGGAGAAUUUGUUUGUAUUUUUUAUUUACAUUUUAUAUUUUUGUACAUAUUGUUAGAGGUCCACCAUUUUUAAGUGAUCUCGGAUUGACCAAAAGGGGGGCUUUGAAGUGUAUAUCUCUCUUGUUACCUAUCUCUGACUUUACUUGUGGUGUGACCAGGCCCAAACCCAUUAUCUCAAAAGGAGAAUAAAAAAAAAAAAACUGAUAACCUUGUAAAAAAACAAAAAUUAAAAAAAAAAAAGAGAAACAAAAAAAUGCAAAAAAAAGAAAAACUUUACAAUCUUAUUCUGAGCAUUCCAGUAACUUUCUUUGUGUAUGUACUUUAGCUGUACCAUAGGUCGUGGUUUGUAUGAGGUGGCAAGGCCAAAGAUAAAAAGGUUGUUUUUUCUUUUGGGUUUUUUUUUUCUUUUCAUUUUGUUUCUUUUCUGUCUACCAAGUUGCUGUUUAUUUUUUUUCCCCUCUUUUUUUUGGCCUGUUUGAUGUAUGUGUGAAACAAUGUUGUCCAACAAUAAACCGGAAUUUUAUUUUGCUGAGUUGUCCUAA